CGAAGAGUAAACGACCUUUCUUUCCCCUUCGCUUCUUCCCCAUCUGAGUUCUAUCGAUCGAUCGAGAGAGAAAGAGAGAGGAGAAGAGGAAGAAGUGGAGAAGGCCCUAAUGGCGGUGGUCUCGGCUCUGGCGAAAUACAAGUUGGUGUUCUUGGGGGACCAGUCGGUGGGGAAGACCAGCAUCAUCACUCGGUUCAUGUACGACAAGUUCGACACCACUUAUCAGGCCACCAUCGGCAUUGAUUUUCUAUCCAAAACAAUGUACCUUGAAGACCGUACAGUUCGUCUGCAGCUCUGGGACACUGCAGGACAGGAGAGAUUUAGAAGCCUUAUUCCAAGCUACAUUAGAGACUCCUCUGUUGCAGUUAUCGUUUAUGAUGUAUCUAAUCGGCAAUCAUUUUUAAGCACUUCAAAGUGGAUCGAGGAAGUGCAUACAGAACGAGGCGGUGAUGUUAUCAUAGUUCUUGUUGGAAAUAAGACGGAUCUUGUUGACAAAAGACAAGUCUCGACAGAAGAAGGAGAAGCAAAAGCUCGUGAAGUCGGAGUAAUGUUCAUCGAAACUAGUGCAAAGGCUGGCUUCAACAUCAAGCCUUUGUUCCGCAAGAUUGCUGCAUCCCUUCCGGGGAUGGAGACACUCGCUUCUGCGAAACAGGAGGACAUGGUUGAUGUCAAUUUGAAGCCCACUGUCAGUUCACCAGAGACUCAGCAGCAAUCUGGAGGCUGCUCGUGCUGAAGAUAUAACCAGGUUUAAGUACUUGUUCAUUAACUAGGGGCUAAGAAUUCUUGUGUUCACCUAUGAAGGUUUUACAAUGACGUUAUACAAUGAGGGUUCUCUUGAUUGUAGCAUCUCUGUUGUUCCCCAUCCCGCACUUGUUCGUUUGUUUGAGGUGGAUAUCUUUGUGCAUACUCUUUUGAUUUUGUUAUUUUUAUUAUUAUUUCAAGAUAGAUAUUUGUUGUUUCUACAAAUUAAAUUAAAACUUUAUUUA